AUGUCCUACGGCUGGACAGACCUUCACGUCCUCCGCAUUCGCAGGUUGUACUGUGUUGGUUUAGAUAAUUCAGCUAGGCUAAACCCUGGCCCGGCAUGGUCGCCACUGGUCGGGAUUGGGCUGUGCGCAUCAGAGCAAGUGGAUCUGCUGGAGUUGACUACGGUGAUAGAAAUUGUCUCCCAGUACGGUAAAUAUGGCGCCUGGCUGUUCGUCGCUAUUGAGUUCUUCUCUGCUACAGUACCGUUCUGUGCCCAACACGUUACUACGUUGGGGCCGGAACACUUCAAGAAGGCAGUCCAUUAUCUAGCUACAAGUGCCAAUUCGAUGUCGACUUGUGGGUCGGGGCUGGGCGGGAGUUGCUCUCGGAAGAGGGCGUGGCAUUCCGUGAUCAACAUUGAUCCGCCGGUUACAGCAUCAUCAUCGCCAUCAGACGCAUCAUUCAAGGUACGGCCUUGGACUACGGAGGUGUAA